GCCUAGGUUUGCUCAUCUUGGGAACAUUGCGAGUCUAAAGAUCAGUAACCAGCAACAUCAACAUGUCAACAAGGCCUUUUGAAAGUCCACCUCCUUAUAGACCUGAUGAAUUCAAGCCAAACCAUUAUGCACCGAGUAAUGACAUCUACGGUGGAGAAAUGCACGUUCGGCCCAUGCUCUCUCAACCAGCGUACUCGUUUUACCCCGAAGAUGAGAUCCUUCAUUUCUACAAGUGGACGUCUCCCCCAGGAGUGAUUCGGAUUCUGUCUAUGCUCGUUCUUGUCAUGUGCAUUGCCAUAUUUGCCUGCGUAGCCUCGACACUUGCCUGGGACAGGGGCUACGGGUCCAGCUUCCUUGGUGGUAGCUUGGGCUACCCCUACGGAGGAAGUGGCUUUGGAAGCUAUGGGAACGGCUAUAAUUACGGUUAUGGUUAUGGCUACGGAGGAGGAUAUACAGAUCCAAGAGCUGCAAAGGGCUUCCUGUUGGCCAUGGUUGCCUUUUGUUUCAUUGCCUCCUUGGUGAUAUUUGUUACCAGCGUGAUAAGAUCUGAUAUGUCUAGAACGAGAAGAUACUACCUAACGGUGAUAAUAGUAAGUGCCAUCCUAGGCAUCAUGGUGUUUAUUGCGACAAUUGUCUAUAUAAUGGGAGUCAACCCAACUGCCCAGGCCACUGGAUCUAUGUACGGUCAACAGAUAUACGCACUCUGCAACCAGUUUUAUGGGCCUGGAGGCCCCACACUCAUCAUGGAUCAGUAUUUGUAUCACUACUGUGUGGUGGACCCCCAGGAGGCCAUUGCUAUUGUACUGGGCUUCAUGAUUAUUGUGGCUUUUGCUUUAAUCAUUUUUUUUGCUGUGAAAACACGAAGAAAGAUGGACCGUUAUGACAAAUCCAAUAUUUUGUGGGACAAGGAGCACAUUUAUGAUGAACAGGCCCCCAAUGUGGAAGAGUGGGUUAAAAACGUCUCUGCAGGCACACAAGACCCGCCCCCGCCGUCUGACUACGUGGACCGAGUGGACAGCGCCCUGGCCUACUCCUCCAACGGCAAAGCGAACGGGGGCAAGCGGCUGUACUCGGAGUCUUCCUACAAGUCAACGCCACUGGUGCCUGAAGUGGCUCAGGAACUUCCCCUGACGUCACCCGUGGACGAUUUCAGGCAGCCCCGUUACAGCAGCAGUGGCAACUUGGAGACGCCUUCCAAGAGGGCCCCCACCAAGGGAAGAUCCGGAACGGCGAGGAGAGCGGAGCCAGACCACUACGAGACGGACUACACGACCGGGGGCGAGUCCUGCGACGAGCUCGAGGAAGACUGGGUCAGGGAAUAUCCACCCAUCACUUCAGAUCAACAAAGACAACUCUACAAGAGAAGUUUUGACACGGGCCUGCAGGAAUACAAGAGUUUACAAGCAGAACUUGAUGAGGUCAACAAGGAACUCUCUCGUCUUGAUAAAGAAUUGGAUGACUAUAGAGAAGAGAGUGAAGACUACAUGGCUGCUGCUGAUGAAUACAAUAGAUUGAAGCAAGUAAAAAGAUCUGCAGAUUACAAAAGUAAGAGAAACUACUGCAAACAGCUGAAGAGCAAAUUGUCCCAUAUCAAGAAAAUGGUUGGAGAUUAUGACAGACGGAAAACAUAGAAGGCUGGAGAGAGUGAAAAAUGUCUUUCUGAUGUCUGUGCAUUGUUCUCAGAAGGCAAACUGACUUUGGACUCAAACCUGGGAAGCCAAAACUUCAUGAUUAUCACAUAGUUUUGGUAGCUUUAAUAUCAUCAGUAUUGAAACAUUUUAUAAAUAGCUUUUUAUUAUCAACUGGGCUGAACACUCCAACUAAGGAAUGUAUUGUUUUAAAUAAUGGUUCUUGUAUUAAGAACAAAAUGCUGUUUAACAGUUUUUC